AUGAAUAGGUGUAAUGCUUCCCACGAAGGCCACGUUGAGCUGCCAUCAAUCGAAUGUUUCAGAGAGCGUUGUGCUGAACGCUCGCAACAGCCUCACUUCACUCGCUCCCAAUCCUCCUGUCUCCUUCUCUAUUCUCGUCGUUCAUCUCGCCAUCCGCGUCACCUUCUUCUCAGUAAUCUCGGCUUUGAUAUUGACCUGGCUUCCAAUAUCACGGAUCGCAUCAAAGGACCGCCGCAACCACCGACACCCAGACUUCCUUCUCACUCGACCAUGGCGCGCCGCACCGGUUCCCGCUCAGAUGUCGGCCAGAACGAAGAGUCUCGCAAUGCCCUAUCUUCUGUUCGCAGGGAUCCGAGGCUCGCUCUCGCACUCCUCAUCCUAAGGGAUGAGGAGCCAGUGAUUUCUGGUCAUGAACUUGAACAGGAAGCACUUGUUCUUCUCUUGACGGCGCAUCUUUUGACGCAAAUUCUCGUCGAUAUGGCAGUCCGACUGAAUCGUAUACGACAGAUCCUCCAAGAAAUACGUACGAAGCUGGACAGUUUUAACCCCAUGUUGAAACGGACCAGCAAAAAUACGGCAUCGGGGAGCACCGGGAGUGACGGCAGGACAAUGAGCACUUGUAAAUUGGCUUCGGGAUUAUGUCUUCAACCCUAA